AGGCGAGGAGAGGGUGAUGUCACCUGCGAGUUGGUAACCUACGAGCGGCUGUGAAGGAAACUGUUUAACCGGAUCCCAUUGUACCCGGAGCGCAGAGCCGCCUUUCCAGCAUGCAGGGGCUGCUCAGCCUGGACAUGGCCUCAACCCUUCUCGAAGCAAUAUUCUAACAGCCACAGCUAACAGACAAGGGGAUCUCACUGGUUUGACGUUAGUUUAGUCACUUCAAGAAAUAGAACAGAAAUCCGCCAUGGCCCCAAGGAAGAGAGGUGGACGGGGGAUUUCAUUCAUCUUUUGCUGUUUCCGAAAUAAUGAUCACCCGGAAAUCACCUAUCGGCUGCGAAACGAUAGCAACUUUGCGCUUCAGACCAUGGAGCCAGCAUUACCCAUGCCCCCUGUGGAGGAGCUGGAUGUCAUGUUCACUGAACUUGUGGAUGAACUUGACCUGACAGACAAACACAGGGAAGCCAUGUUUGCACUUCCAGCUGAGAAGAAAUGGCAAAUAUACUGUAGCAAGAAAAAGGACCAGGAAGAAAACAAGGGAGCAACAAGUUGGCCUGAAUUCUACAUUGAUCAGCUCAAUUCCAUGGCUGCUAGAAAAUCUCUCCUGGCUUUAGAGAAGGAAGAGGAAGAAGAGAGAAGUAAAACUAUAGAGAGUUUGAAAACAGCACUGAGGACAAAACCAAUGAGGUUUGUAACCAGAUUCAUUGACUUGGAUGGCCUGUCAUGUAUUCUCAACUUUCUAAAGACCAUGGACUACGAGACCUCAGAGUCUCGAAUACAUACCUCUCUCAUUGGUUGUAUAAAGGCGCUAAUGAACAACUCUCAAGGUCGGGCUCAUGUCCUGGCUCACUCUGAGAGUAUAAACGUGAUUGCUCAGAGUCUGAGCACAGAGAACAUUAAAACAAAGGUGGCCGUGCUGGAAAUCUUGGGCGCCGUGUGCCUGGUUCCCGGGGGUCACAAGAAGGUUCUGCAGGCCAUGCUGCACUACCAGAAGUAUGCCAGUGAAAGAACCCGCUUUCAGACAUUAAUCAAUGACUUGGAUAAAAGCACAGGGCGGUAUCGAGAUGAAGUGAGUCUCAAGACUGCCAUCAUGUCCUUCAUCAACGCAGUGCUGAGCCAAGGCGCUGGGGUGGAAAGUUUGGACUUUAGACUUCAUCUUCGCUAUGAAUUUCUGAUGUUAGGAAUUCAACCUGUAAUCGAUAAAUUAAGGGAACAUGAAAAUUCAACAUUAGAUAGGCAUUUAGAUUUUUUCGAAAUGCUCAGAAAUGAAGAUGAACUAGAAUUUGCCAAAAGAUUUGAACUGGUUCACAUAGACACAAAAAGUGCGACUCAGAUGUUUGAGCUGACCAGGAAGAGGCUGACCCAUAGUGAAGCUUACCCUCACUUCAUGUCCAUCCUGCACCACUGCCUUCAAAUGCCUUACAAGAGAAGCGGCAACACCGUUCAGUACUGGCUGCUACUAGAUAGGAUUAUACAGCAGAUAGUUAUUCAGAAUGACAAAGGACAGGACCCUGACACCACGCCUUUGGAAAACUUUAACAUUAAGAAUGUCGUACGAAUGUUGGUCAAUGAAAAUGAAGUUAAGCAGUGGAAAGAACAAGCGGAAAAAAUGAGAAAAGAGCACAAUGAGUUGCAACAGAAAUUGGAAAAGAAAGAGCGCGAAUGUGAUGCCAAGACCCAAGAGAAGGAGGAGAUGAUGCAGACCUUAAAUAAAAUGAAAGAGAAGCUCGAAAAGGAGACUAGCGAGCAUAAGCAAGUCAAGCAGCAGGUGGCGGAUCUCACAGCACAGCUCCACGAGCUGAACAGGAGAGCUGUCUGUGCUUCGAUCCCAGGUGGACCCUCCCCUGGAGCCCCAGGGGGGCCCUUUCCUUCCUCUGUCCCAGGGUCCCUCCUCCCCCCACCACCACCUCCACCCCUGCCAGGUGGAAUGCUUCCUCCUCCACCCCCUCCCCUUCCUCCAGGCGGCCCUCCUCCUCCCCCAGGGCCUCCUCCCUUAGGGGGGAUCAUGCCACCUCCUGGUGCUCCACUGGGUCUGGCACUCAAGAAGAAAAACAUUCCUCAGCCCACAAAUGCCCUGAAAUCCUUCAACUGGUCUAAGCUGCCUGAGAAUAAGCUGGAAGGAACAGUAUGGACCGAAAUUGAUGAUACAAAAGUCUUCAAAAUUCUCGACCUCGAAGACCUGGAGAGAACAUUCUCUGCCUACCAAAGACAGCAGGAUUUCUUUGUGAACAGUAACUCCAAGCAGAAAGAAGCAGAUGCCAUUGAUGACACUCUGAGUUCCAAACUUAAAGUCAAAGAACUUUCGGUGAUUGAUGGUCGGAGAGCUCAGAAUUGCAACAUCCUUCUAUCGAGGUUGAAAUUGUCCAAUGAUGAAAUCAAACGGGCAAUCCUAACAAUGGACGAGCAGGAAGAUCUGCCCAAGGACAUGUUGGAACAGCUCUUGAAAUUUGUUCCCGAAAAAAGUGACAUUGACCUGUUGGAGGAACAUAAACAUGAACUGGAUCGCAUGGCCAAGGCUGACAGGUUCCUUUUUGAGAUGAGCCGCAUCAAUCAUUACCAGCAAAGACUGCAAUCGCUGUACUUCAAAAAGAAGUUUGCAGAGCGUGUGGCAGAAGUGAAACCUAAAGUAGAAGCAAUUCGUUCUGGCUCAGAAGAGGUGUUUAGGAGCAACGCCCUGAAGCAGUUGCUAGAAGUGGUUUUGGCAUUUGGAAAUUACAUGAAUAAGGGCCAAAGAGGCAAUGCGUAUGGAUUCAAGAUAUCCAGCCUAAACAAGAUUGCUGACACAAAAUCUAGUAUUGACAAGAAUAUUACACUUCUGCACUAUCUCAUAACCAUUGUGGAAAAUAAAUACCCCAAGGUCCUCAAUCUCAAUGAAGAACUGCGGGACAUUCCUCAAGCAGCGAAAGUAAACAUGACUGAGCUGGACAAAGAAAUAAGUACCUUGAGAAGUGGCUUGAAAGCAGUAGAGAUGGAGCUGGAAUAUCAAAAGUCUCAGCCCCCACAACCCGGAGAUAAGUUUGUGUCUGUUGUGAGCCAGUUCAUCACAGUAGCCAGCUUCAGCUUCUCUGAUGUCGAAGACCUUCUAGCAGAAGCUAAAGACCUGUUUAUUAAAGCAGUGAAACACUUUGGAGAAGAGGCUGGCAAAAUCCAGCCGGAUGAGUUCUUUGGCAUUUUUGAUCAGUUUCUCCAAGCUGUGUCGGAAGCCAAACAAGAGAAUGAAAACAUGAGAAAGAAGAAGGAGGAAGAGGAACGCCGUGCUCGCAUGGAGGCUCAGCUCAAAGAACAGCGUGAAAGGGAACGUAAAAUGAGGAAAGCAAAAGAGAAUAGUGAAGAAGGUGGAGAGUUCGAUGACCUGGUUUCAGCUUUACGCUCAGGAGAAGUGUUUGACAAAGACCUUUCUAAACUGAAACGGAACCGCAAGCGUAUUACCAACCAGAUGACGGACAGCAGCCGAGAGAGACCCGUCACAAAACUUAAUUUCUAAUUUUCCUUGGAUACUUUUUUAGGAAGCUCAUUAGCAGCCCUUUGAAGUGACUAGAACUUUUCAUUACACUGCCUUGCAAUCCAAACAGUGGCAAUUUCUUCCUUCAUCUGUGAGUGAAUGCGUGAAUGUGUGUGUAUGUAAAUGUAUGUGUACAUAUAUAUUAAAAAAUGUAUAUAGAAGUCUGAGUGUUGUCUGGAGACCUAUCUGUAUGGUUAAAAACAAAACUCUGUGUUAAUGUAUGUGCUCAGAAACCCUUUGUGUAUGCAUUCGUAUUGAGUAUGGCUCAUUUUCUUCCCCUGAACACCAUGGCUGUUCAGAAGCACAAUGCUGUCUCCUGAAAGAGAUGACAGAGACAUUCCCUAGAGUAAAAAAGAAAAACAAAAGCAAAAAAAAAAAAAAAAAGAAAAGAAAAGAAAAAGAAAAAAAAGGCUUGAGAAAUAUUUUAUGGUUUCCAAGCUUGGUAUACUUAGAAAUUAUUUUCACUGGGGAAACUGGUGUUGGAAAAAUAUAGAUUUAAAAUGGUUUUUGAUAGUUGACGAUGUGAUGCUGGUGUAGAGCAUCAGUAAUUAAGAGGAACCAGCUUAGAAUUUCUGACAUUGGUGUGGGGGUGCAGGCUGUAAAUGUUUAUUGAGAAUAUUUCGCACACAAUCUGAAUUAUGUAGAAUAUCAAUCAGACUCUUUUUUAGGAAUUUACAACUCGGGCAUCAAUUUCGUUUCCUAAUUUCAUCGCGUUCUCUGCCAAGCGCUCUUGAAGAUUUCUUUACAUGGCUUUUGAAAAGAACACUAUUUAUCUACAUGCAAUUCAUGCUCUUGUUAAAAAACAAGAUCGCCAGAAUGUGCUUGUUGUUCCAACAAUGUAGAUAUAUAAACUUUCAAAAUAAAAUUUCCCACCCAAGACCUAAAAGGAGGAAUUCUCUGAAGGGAUAAAAAAUUAUUUAAAUUUUUUUAUGGGGUGCCUUUUUUUUUUUUCUUUUGUAUCUUCUAUUUUGUAGGACAAGGGUGCAUCUUCUGUCAAUAUGAGUCUGGACUAAAGGACACUUAGCGAAUGCACAAAAUGCCAACAACACCAACAGAGAUGCCAAGAUCUAUUUAUCUCUAAGUAUGUUUGAAAUGGUUUGUUGUUUAUAUGUUGUCAUUUUAAAUUGUGUGUCAGUAAAGCUACCUGUAAAAUUUCAGUCCAAAAGAUAAAGCUCUCAGGGAGAAAUGAAUAAAAACAAUGAACAUUAGAAAAUAAAAUAUAGAUGCUUACCAUUAACCUACCAACUCUUAAUAUCCUUAAAUUAUAUAUAAAGAGGACUGUUACUUUUUUGGUUUUUUUGGUUUGUUUGUUUUUGUUUUUUUUUUUUGGCUUUGCUUUAUUUAUUUGUAGUGGGGGAGGGAGGGGCUAAGAUUCUCUCUUUUCUUUCUAUCAAUCCUGUUGUGGUUGGGUUUCCUGUGGAGAGAGUAGUUUGUCCUGUUGCACUAGAACAUUAUUUACUCACGAAAUUGAGUUUUUCAGUCAGUUAACAAAUAUUUAUUAAACACCUACUAUGUGCCAGGCUUAGUAGGGCUACAGUGAUAAGCAAGACAAAGUCCCUGCCCCCAAGGAGCUCAUGUUCUAGCGGGGAUAUAGGGGUGAAUAGAAUACCAAUAGGCGCUGUACAGGAAUCAUGCUAUUUAAAAAUACUUUGUAUAAACUUUAAUGCUUGGUGCAGACGGCGAGGCCCUGCACUGCGUGAAAACUGUGAAGUAGUGCUCAACGAGUUGUCAAGAGCAGUGGUUUUACGUUUUGUCCCCCUUCAUUGCGAACUUAGAGACUUUCUACACGUUUUAUGGAGGUAAAUGACUCUAGCACAUGAAACAGUCAUAAAAACACAGCAGAGGUUGUGUUCCCCAGCCCCUAGUUACCAAGGUCUGCAGAUACACCCAGUUAGAGGUGCAGACAGAGAUUUGCUCCAAAAGGCUUGGAGAGGAGGAGUGGGAUGUGAUGAGGGAUGUGUCUCUUCCUUAACUAAAGUGCCUCUAUCUUCUUUUCUAUUCAUAGCAGGAGAAAUUUGGUCUGGCUCAAUUUUGGAACUGUAUUUUGAAAAUGGCUUUGUUUUACAGUUUAAGGAAUGGACAAGUGGAUGAAGUGUCACCUAAAGAGCAAGUUCGCGUAGCCUGUCCCUCUUGCCCUUGGUAAUCAUCCUCAUUUUGAUACGGCCAUCCUGGUAGGCUUCCUUUGCCAUUUCCAUUCUUGGUUUCUUUUCCCAAAAGCUUUGUGCAGGUAAUUCCAUGUGCCAUUGUUGGAAAAAAAAAAAAAAAAAUCUACUUUUUAGAUUGGUGCUGGUGUAAGUAGCCACUUUUCUCUCUUGGGUGUGUAUUUUAAAGGUUUUUGUUUGUUUUUUUAAAUUAAUGCCAAAAAGAAAGCAUUAUAAUUUGUAAACUUAAUUAUAUGUCUUGUAUCUUAUUAGCUUAGUAGUUGGAACCACUUAGUCUUUAGGUGCAAGACUGUUGUUACAGUACCAAGAAAAAAAUGUUGUAUGUGUCAUGAGAUUGUACAUUUUUUUUAAAAAAGCAAUAUGCAAUAAAGAGAUGAAUUCAUUGGG